GCUUAGAAAAUAAAAAGAAAAGAGAGAAGCUUUGAGAAGAAACAUCAGUCUCUGUACUUACGCAAGCUUCCAAGCUCUAUCACUGUACUCUUCCAUUCAAAAUAAUGCUCUGAUAAUCUAUUAUUCUUCUUUUCCUUUUUUUCUUACACAUUUUCAUCAAUCUUGUUUUUAAGAUUUUGGUUUAUUGAGGUUCUCCCUCGAGAUUUGAGUAGACUAGACACUAAAAGUGAAGUGAAGCCAAGUGAAGAUUCUCUCUCUUUCUCGAUGGAUUACGAGCGAAUUGGAAAGACCCAGGUUACUAGUGGCGGCGGAUUUUCUCCGGGGAAGUUAAGGACGAUGCUUCUCGGUGUUGAUAGAAAGAAGAAAGAGGAAAUGCUUGAAUCUACUCCUACAAUGAGAUCUGGGUCAAAUCAAAUUGAUGACCCUGUUGCUAGUGGAUCAGAUGAUUGCAAAGACGUUGAUGUUGUGAGUGAGAUUAUUGAUUCUUCUACUUCAGUGAUGGCUAGCUCGGGUCUUCAAGAGUACCCGAGUCUUGAUUACGACAAUGUCAACGACAUUAAGAGUGUUUCUGCAUCAGUCUUUGAGUUUCAAAAGACAGAAAAAGAAAAGCUCCCUCAAAGAAUGCCCAUUAGAUCGUUCUCUAAACCAGCUCCAUCUAAAUGGGACGAUGCACAGAAAUGGAUCGCUAGCCCAACAGCUAACCGAAAGGGACAGGUUCUGGUUCCUGGGUCAAAGAAAGGACCUAGCUUUGGUCGGCAGUCUUCUAUGAAGAGUGUUGAAGUUGCUGAUCAAAGAGCGGUUGCGUUUGCUGUUGAAGAACCUGAUACAAAGAGAAUAGAUGUAAGCCAAGCGAGAAAAGACACAGGACAUAAGUUUGUUAGCUGGGAAGCUGAUUCAUAUGUCAAACCUGUUCUUAUGGUUGAGAACUCUUUUGUAGAAUCAGCAACUGAAGUUAAUCUCAGUCGACACGACUCGUCAGUCGCAACUGCGUUUGCACAACCGCCUUCAACAGCGAGAUCUGUAUCGAUGAGAGACAUGGGAACAGAAAUGACUCCUAUAGCGAGUCAAGAACCUUCAAGAAACGGGACUCCGAUCAGAGCAACAACACCAAUUCGAAGUCCUAUAUCUUCUGCACCUUCAAGUCCAGGGAGACGAGCAUCAGCUUCUCCUAUGACGAACAAGGAGCUCUCAGAGAAAGAACUUCAAAUGAAAACUAGGAGAGAGAUAAUGGUUUUGGGAACUCAGCUCGGUAAAUUAAACAUUGCUGCUUGGGCUAGCAAAGAGGAUGAGGACAAAGAUGCUUCCACAUCACUAAAGACCAAAGCUUCUCUACAGAAUUCUAAGAGUGUCUCUGAAGCUCGUGCUUCCGCGUGGGAGGAAGCGGAAAAGGCUAAGCACAUGGCUAGGUUUAGACGCGAAGAGAUGAAGAUACAAGCAUGGGAGAAUCAUCAAAAGGCGAAAUCUGAAGCCGAGAUGAGGAAAACUGAGGUGGAAGUUGAAAGGAUAAAGGGACGAGCACAAGACCGGUUGAUGAAGAAACUAGCUGCGAUCGAGCGCAAAGCAGAGGAGAAGCGAGCAGCUGCUGAAGCAAAGAAGAAUCGUCAAGCAGCUAAAACAGAGAAACAAGCUGAACAAAUCAGAAGAACAGGCAAAGUACCUUCAUUGUUGCACUCUUGCUUUAGCUUUUGUUCUUAAUAACAUUUAAAAAAAACCAAAAUUUAUUUUGUUUGUUAAAUUCUCAAGAACCCAUAUUUCUAUCAUUUUGUACAAUAAAAAGCUUUGUAAUAGUACUUUUUGUUGUAAUAUUCAUAUUAGUUGCUUAUGUAUUAAAU